AUGGUCAACGCCACCGAAAUCAUUGCCGUCCUGGCAGGAACUUACACCCUUCUCAACACCUCUGCGACUAGCAAUGGCGUUCCCGUCGAGGACCGCGUCUACGGUUCCAACCCCGUUGGCAUCCUCACAUACAGCAAGUCCGGCUACGUAACAGCCACCAUUACAUCGACCGACCCCGAAGACCGCCCGGCCAACCUCACAUUCCCUUACGAAGACAGCCAAACCGACGCGGACUGGGCCCAGGUCGGCAGACACUCGAUCGGAUACGCUGGCGUUAUGCGUAUCAGCGACGCCUUCCCCGCCACUCUGACAACCGGCCAAGUCAUCCACGGUCCGUUGACCGUCGCCAACAUCCCUUCCAUGGUCGGCACCGAGGCGAGACGCAACUACACAUUGUUUGAAGAUGGCAAGAUUCUCCUCAUUGCGUCGCAAAGAGAUGGUGGCAAUCGUGGAGAGCUGUGGUGGAGAAGACUGGACUAA